CAGUCUAUAAAUAGAGGCCGGGCUCCCCACGUGUUCCUUUUCCAGAGCCGCCGCCAUCAUGGAGGGUCCGCGGACACAGGCCGUCAAACUGGCGCGGGUUACCAAAGUUCUCGGAAGAACUGGUUCCCAGGGGCAGUGUACUCAGGUUCGCGUGGAAUUUAUGGAUGACAGCAACAGAUCCAUCAUUCGGAAUGUGAAAGGGCCAGUCCGUGAGGGAGAUGUGCUCACACUCUUGGAGUCUGAGCGUGAAGCAAGAAGAUUACGAUAACAGGUAUACCGAACUGCCAACUGAAGCUACUAUCUAAAUAACUGGUACAGACACCUGGAAGCUACUUUGGACAACAUGGAACAAUAAAUUCUACAACUGGCUUGUCUUUCAACAUGAAA